CAGUCGACCCAAAACCAUGAGGUAGUCAAAUUUUAGUAGGUAUAAACUUCAUGGGAUGUGUUGUUCAUGCCCUUCCAUAAUAUAAUUAAUAGUGUCCGCGUGUGCUGCCAAUGUUUAUUUUCUUACAAUAAUGUGCCCAACAAAAAUUUCCCCGCCACACAGUUUUGUGUUUGCGUGUGUGUGUGUGUCAGUGGCAAUAGUUACAGGCGGCAGUAUAGUGUACGGUAGAUAUGACUCUCUCUCCGGAAGGGAGAAUCUCCACCAGGUGGUACAUGGGAUUGCAGUGUCAGAACUCCAGGAGACACCUGCCACACAAACAUUCAUAUCACACCUUCGUGUAUAUAAUUAUAAUCCUGGGCAUUCAUAAUUAUAUAGCUAUUAGCUGACACAACAGUUUUC